AUGCCGAGCCGGAACCACUCCUUAUACGCAGACCUCUCAGAUAGACCUGAACAACAAAUCACCGCCAUCAUGAAGAUCCCCUACGUCUCCAACCCGCCCGAGACCACCACACCCGAAGAUGCCGCCAUUGUGGCCCGCAUCCAGGCCCGCCGCGCCCCGCGCCCGCUCAUCCCGCUGGACCUCGCCCUGCUGCACGCGCCGCCCGUCGCCGACGGCUGGAACUCGUUCCUCGGCGCCAUCCGCACCAAGACGUCCCUGCCCGACGACCUGCGCGAGCUGGCCAUCUGCCGCGUCGCCGUGUGCAACAAGGCCUGGUUCGAGUGGGCGCACCACGCGCCGCUGGCCGUGGCCGGGGGCGUGAGCGCCGCGGCGCUCGACGUUGUCAAGGCUGAGCCGCUGCCGGCGGCACGGCCGGCGGCGCUGCUCAACGAGAAGCAGUGGGCGGUGCUCAGGUACGCGGAUGAGAUGACGAGACUGGUCCAGGUUGGCGACGAAGUGUUUAAGCUGGUGAGGGCGCACUUCAAUGACCGCGAGACAGUGGAAAUAACCGCUACGGUCAGCGCAUACAACUGCGUCAGCCGCUUCCUGGUGGCACUCGAUGUCGGGGAGAAGAAUGGAACUGGCCCCGGCGACAUUGCAGCCCAUUGA